ACAGCUGUCUGAGUCGCAAAUUUAGUGCUUCCGAUUCGACAAAAGUCAAGUUCAUUGAUUUAACUGUUUCCGCAUCUGCAUUUAGGCUGUGCACAGCGGUGAUUUUUUAUUAUUAAAAUAAAUUGGCUUCACCAGAAAGGAUGUCGAAAAUAUACCAUGGUUUGGUAAAUACUGCUGACCGCUUUGUGCCGAAUGCCCUAAGACCACUAUGGAAUCAUGCAGCAGGUCCUAAAACGGUGUUUUUCUGGGCUCCAGUAUUCAAAUGGGGUCUGGUUGUUGCUGGAUUAAGUGACUUGCGUCGUUCGCCGGAUCAACUGUCCGUAUCACAAUCCGCUUCGCUGGCUGCCACUGGUUUGAUUUGGUCUCGCUAUUCGCUGGUAAUCAUCCCGAAAAAUUAUGGACUCUUCUCCGUGAAUGUCUUUGUUGCCUUGACUCAGUUGGCUCAAUUGUAUCGUGCCUGGGAUUUUUCUCGGAAGAAUCAACUAUCAAUAAACGAAUCGGAAAAGUAACAUAGCUCAAAUGAUGUGCUACCCUACAUGACCGGAGUCAAAUUUAUCAUAAACUAAAAGUGUCGGAAAACUAGCAGAAACGGGUUAUAUCAGUGGAAACUUCAUGUGUGUAUCGGGUUUUAGGGAUACAAUUCAUGUUCAACACUAGAGACAUCGUGCAAAUAUUUUUCAUAGCAUAUAGACAAUUGAAUCGGAAGACAUAAAAUUAUAUUUUAUAA